GCGUAAACUCGUGUCUGUUUCCUGCGUGUUGUAGUGGGGCAGCAUGGCUUCAUCAGCGAAGAGGCGAGCGAUUGAAACGGGUCAAAACCCCCAAGACAGCGAUGAAAGCUCGGACGAGGGUCUGGAAGACUCGGGCGACGAGGACAGUGAAAAUUCAGAAGAAGAAGUAAACGAGGAGGUUAUCGUGGACUUUGAAGCACACACGAUAUCUGACAACGACUUUCAUGGCAUCAAAACACUUCUGCAACAGCUGUUCCUGAAGUGUCAUGUAAACACAUCUGAUCUGACUGACAUCAUCAUCCAGCAGAAUCACAUUGGCAGUGUCAUCAGGCAAGCAGAGGUACCAGAGGACAGUGAUGAUGAGGCCGACCCGGACGAGGUUUUUGGAUUCAUCAGCAUGGUGAACCUCACCGAGAGACAGGGUGUGGAGUGUCUGGAGAAGCUGAAGGACAUGCUACUAGAGCAGUGUGCUAAAGCUGGCUCCCCAGAUGUUCAGGAACGGUUUGAGCAGCUGCUGCUGGGUAACGGACAGUCUGUCGGGCUGCUGCUGAGCGAGAGAUUCGUGAACGUCCCGCCACAGAUCGCCCUCCCCAUGCACAAACAACUUCAGAAGGAAAUGGCUGAAGCACAAAGGACCAAUAAACCCAGCGGUAAAUGCCAGUUCUGCCUGAUGAUCAGUAAAACCUGCAAACCAGCUAAGAAGAGCAUAUCUGGUCAAGCUCAACCCAAAGAAGAGCUGCUGUUUGUGAACGACGAGGAGGAGUUUUUCUAUGAGCAAGCCACAUUGAAGUUCAACUACUGUGUUCAGGACGAGGCCGACUCCUGCGCGACGGGAAAGUGGUCGUACGACGACGUGCCGAUGAAACCGUUCCGCACGGUGAUGGUGAUCCCGAUGGACAGGAUGGGAGCCAUCAUGGAUAAAAUGACUGAAUAUCUGACCGUCUGAACCGUCCAACACUGAACUCUGCUCUACUUGUUCACAAAAAGAUGUUUAAUGUCCCAGGCUGAGAGUUUAAUGUACAAACUGGCCACAAAACAGUUUGACACCAAAUCACCCCAAACCAGUGAAAUAAUUUAUUUCUGUACAUAAUCAGUUGAAAUGACCCACAAAAUAAACAACCCAAAACAGGA